AUGUCAAACCCACAGGAAUUCGCAAUCCAAGUUCCUUCAGAAGACCCCAAGAAGAAGAAAGAAAAACCGGAGAGCGACAAGCCUGACUUCAAGGGUCUUUCGAAAGUUGGGAAAGAUGUGAAGGGUGGAAAAGAGGAGGAAGGCGAGGAGCUGUCAGAAGAAGACCAACAACUAAAAGAACAGCUGGAAUUGCUGGUUGAGCGAUUAAAGGAACCUGAUACUAAACUUUAUGCACCCGCCCUCGAGCAUCUCCGUACGCUGAUCAGAACGUCUACAUCUUCCAUGACAUCUGUACCCAAACCAUUGAAAUUCCUACGACCUCAUUACCCCGCACUUCAAGAACUGUACGAAACUUGGGCUCCAUCUGCGGACAAGAGUCUCUUCGCAGACAUUCUCUCAGUUCUCGCUAUGACCUACUCCGAUACCGAGCCUAGAGGAACCCUACGCUACCGCCUUUUAUCUGCUUCACAACGACCCUCAGAUUCACCUCUCGCCGAUCCUGGAACAUGGGGUCACGAAUACGUUCGCCAUCUCGCUGCAGAGUUGGGAGACGAGUUCGCGGUACGGACACAAGAAGAAUUAGAUACCACUGACGGCGUUGCAAAGUCUGAACCUACUACCCAAAUCCCUGGAUCUAUCGAAGAUCUGCGCAAUCUGGCGAAGCAAUGCGCUACAUUCCUUCUGGCGCACAACGCGGAGCCCGACGCGGUCGAUCUUCUUGAAGAGAUGGAGAUUAUACAUGAGAUUGUAGAGUUGGUCGACGAGAACACGUUUGGACGCGUCUGUCAAUACAUGGUCCGUUGUGUAAAUCUUCUACCACCACCAGACGACAAUUUGUUCCUGAGGACAGCGCAUGCCAUCUACGUUAAGCAUCACAAAUUCCCCGAAGCUCUAUCUCUUUCUAUUCGUCUCGGAGAUCCCGAUCUAGUGCGGGAGGAUUUCAAUGCCCCUGCCAACCCUGUUAUGAAGCGCCAACUCGCCUUUAUUAUCGCGCGCUCUCAGCUGCCCAUCGAAUGGCUCAGUCCUCCGGGCGAAGAAAUCGAAUUUGAGUCGGAUUUGCAAGAUUGUUUGUACAACACGAAGCUCAGUGAGCAUUUCCGCGCUUUCGGCAAAGAAGUUGGUGUUGAGGAAGCCAAGAGCCUUGAGGACGUGUAUAAAUCACACCUGGAAAACACGCGUUCGGGAACAUCUGCUAAUAUCGAUUCCGCCCGCGGAAAUUUAGCCGGUACAUUCGUUAAUGCAUUCGUGAACGCCGGCUUCGGAAACGAUAAGUUGAUGGUUAUGGCCGAUGAAGGUAACAGCUGGAUCUACAAGAACAAGGACCACGGAAUGAUGAGUGCCGCUGCGUCACUUGGCUUGAGUUUGCUCUGGGACACAGACAUCGGUAUCAGCCAUAUUGAUAAAUAUACCUACUCGGCGGAAGAGCAUAUCAAGGCUGGCGCUCUCUUCGCCACUGGCAUGCUGAACUCGGGUGUCCGCACAGAAGCCGACUUUGCACUCAACCUACUCUCUGAUUACACAGAGAACAAAUCGGUGCCUUUGAAGACCAGCUCCUUCAUGGGGCUCGCCCUCGCAUACACCGGGUCACACCGCGAAGAAGUUCUCGCCCUCCUUCUACCACACAUCUCAGACGACGUUACGAUGGAAAUCGCCAGUCUGGCUUCACUGGCCCUUGGAUUUGUCUUUGUAGGGAGCAAGCAUGGAGAAGUGUCGGAUACAAUCUUGCAGGUGUUGAUGGAAAAGGCAACAAAGGAGGGCGACAAGUCGUUGGAUGAGAAAUGGGCGAGAUUCAUGGCUCUCGGUCUAGGACUUUUGUAUCUCGGCCAACAGGACGCCUCCGAUGCCACCAUUGAAACUCUGAAAGUCAUCGAGCACCCGAUUUCCAAGACCGCCCAGAUAUUGGUUGAGGCCUGCUCAUUUGCCGGGACAGGAAACGUUCUCAAGAUCCAAUCAAUGCUCCACCACUGUGACGAGCACGUCAACGCCGACAAGGGAGAGGAAGGAAAGAAGGACGAACCCAAGAAAGAUGACACUUUCCAGGCUUUCGCCGUUAUUGCCAUUUCUCUUAUUGCAAUGGGAGAGGACAUUGGUGCGGAGAUGGCCCUGCGGCAGUUCAAUCACCUGAUGCACUACGGCGAUCCCAUCAUUCGUAAAGCCGUCCCCCUAGCCAUCGGCCUUGUCAGCGCUUCGAACCCACAACUCCCCAUUCUUGACACACUUUCCAAGUAUAGCCACGAUAACGACCUGCAGGUGGCCAUCAACGCCAUCUUCGCGAUGGGUCUAGUCGGCGCCGGUACAAAUAAUGCACGCCUUGCGCAGAUGCUCCGACAACUUGCUGGAUAUUAUCAGAAGGAGCCUGACUCGCUGUUUAUGGUGCGCAUUGCGCAGGGUAUGGUGCACAUGGGCAAGGGUACGAUUGGGUUGAACCCCUUCUUCGGCGAUCGGGACAUCAUGAGUCGGCCUGCUGUGGCCGGCCUGCUAGCGGUGCUGACGGCGUUCACCGACUCGAAAUCUUUUGUGCUUGACAAAUAUCACUGGAUGUUCUACCUCCUGACUCCAGCUAUGUACCCUCGAUUCCUGAUUACACUGGAUGAGAAUCUGGAGAAUAAGCCUGUGACAGUCCGUGUGGGUCAGGCCAUCGAUGUCGUCGGACAGGCCGGAAAGCCACGGACGAUAUCUGGAUUCCAAACACAUCAAUCACCUGUACGCCUCGGUACAACAGAGCGCGCCGAACUUGCAACAGAAGAAUUCAUUCCAUAUAGUCAUGUGCUCGAAGGUCUUGUUAUUUUGAAAAAGAAUCCUGGAUGGGAGCAGGAGGAUAAGAUGGAGGUGUAG